AGAAAGAGGAAGCGUACGUCACUGGGGGAGCGUGCGAGACAGAACGAGCCCGGCCGUAAGGGAACGGCUGAAACGGAGUCCGCGUGUAGAGUGGGGAAAAGCACCGGGCUUUUGAAAAAGUUUUAUCUUGCCGGCGCGCUCGGCCUUUCAGACGCUACCGAACGCCGGUACGCUCUUGUACAGUAACCCCCGGUGUGUUCGGUUCUCGCAAACGAACCAGUUUCCCAGAUACGAGUCUCCUCGAACCGCGGUUUUCGCCGGUCUUCUGCCCGGUUCGCGAAGUGCCCUUGGAACGGACCGGUCGCGUUGUUUCUCUUCCUCGAGAUGCGUUGACCAUUCCUUCGAGCCGCACGUUAAAUACAGACAGACCAAGGUGGACGAACAGUGGGUGUUAUAGGUGAGAAACGAGGCGAAGAGGACGCGGGAUCGUUCUUCCCAAGAUGAGGAACUCCGGAACGUCGGCGAGGUGCUUGCUUCUGCUCCUCAUCGCGGCUGCCGCCCUCGUGGAUGCUUCUCAGAACGACGACCUGGUUUUCGACCAGGAUGGCAAGCAGUCGUUCAACGAGGCUCCGUUGAUAGAGACGCAUCAGCAGGUGUCGAUACUUCAUCGAUUAAAGAGAGGAAUCUGGGACUUGUUCGGGACAGCAUCCUCGACAGCGGCACCGACUACCGAGGCAACAGCAGACCAAGACGAAGACAACGCCGAGGAAGAGCUGGAAAAUGCACCGCCAGGUGAACCUGACGGCGAAGCAGAGCCAAAAACGUCCAGUGUUAAAGAAACAGCCAACCUGGAGAGACUGGUCCAUGAGAGGGGAGAUCAGUAUGAAGACGUCGAGGAGGAGAACGAGAUUGGUAAUACAGCCGAGGGUCGCAGGGAACCAGCUGACUUUGGGAAUACCGACGACGAGGACCUGGCUGGUUCUGGGGAAGUCGAAGGUAGUGCCACUGAUAGAGGCAUUGAUAUUCAUCCUUCUGCGAGGGGAAACAGAAAGUACUACAGGAUCACCCUGACUGUCGGUGAACCCUAUCGACGCGAGUAUGCGGACAGAAAUAGCCGGGAGUACAAGGAGCUUAGUGGCAACUUGACUCAACCCCUUGAAGAACUGUACAAUCGCCAUAUUCCUAAUGAGAACCAUCAUGUCAAUGUCGUCAAAAUAUCGCCAACGUCCGACAGCUUCACGUCACAAGUUACUUUAGACAUUGGCUCGACGUUCACGGAUGAGUUGGAGGUGAGGAACAUCCUCGAGCAACAGCUGCAGUACCACUCAUUGGGCAACAUCCAAGUUGGUCCAGAGGGAUUCACGUUCAGAGUGUUCCAAGCCGACAGAGGUGUAGACGAGCUGGAAUGCGACCAAUCGACAGAACUGAGAUGUAGAGACGGUGCAUGCGUGCCAUUAGACUCCAGGUGCGACGGCAUUGCCCAGUGCGAAGACGGUUCUGAUGAGUUUGACUGCCCCAGGACGAUACCAAGUGGACAGGUAUUCUAUAACACCGUCACCUCAUCGCACCGAGGAACUGGAGAACAUCAUACCGAGGUCGAGACGACGACUAAUCAAGAGGAAGAUGAAGAAGGAAUCACAUCGAGACCUAGCGUGAAUAAGUGUCGCGCCGACGACACGGUACGCUGUAGCGACGGAAGUCGUUCUAUUUGCUCGGUACAGCAAUGUGACGGCGUGCCAGAUUGUGACGACGGCGGUGACGAAGUUGACUGCCCCCAUCCAGGCUGCAGUGCUGGAGAAUUCGCCUGUGAUGUGUCCAGGUGCAUCUUGGAGUCACAUAGGUGCAACUUCAUCAAGGAAUGCGACGAUGGAAGCGACGAACACGACUGCAACUACCCCGCUUGCACCUCCACGCAAUUCAAAUGCAGAAACGGCCAGUGCAUCGACAGCAGUGCACAUUGCAAUGGCGUCGAGGAUUGUCGCGACCGCACCGACGAGCUUAACUGCCCUUGCAGAGAAGACCAAUUUGAAUGCACACCUGGGUUUUGCGUGACUCUAAACAGACGAUGUGAUCGGGUCAUGGAUUGUACCAACGGAAGGGAUGAGGAAAAUUGUUCGAACAUGACACGAUGCCGACCGGACGAAUUCACCUGUUCCGACGGUGGUUGCGUAAGCGAGAACGCAAGGUGCGACGGACGUUCGGAUUGUCGAGAUCGUUCGGACGAGUACAAUUGCAAUGUAACCACCUGCAGCGGAGAUCAGUUCCGGUGUCUGGAUGGGACCUGCAUCAGCAUCGACAAAAGAUGCAACUCGUACAUCGACUGUCGCAAUGGAGAAGAUGAGAACCAGUGCGGUUGCGGAGAAGCCAAGUUUCGCUGUACGGACGGCCAGUGCAUCGGUUACGAGUUGCAGUGCAACGGGGUGGAGGAGUGCUCUGAUGGCUCUGACGAGAGGGACUGCGGGAAUUCUGAGUCUAAUGUGAUCAACGAUGAACGAUUGCUGUGGAAGAACAAAGAACCAAUGGGUAAACGUGAAAAUUCAGCUAAAAGAUGGAGCCUGAAGAAAUUGAAGAAACAAGGUGAAAAUAUCAAGAAUGAUUCAUUCUCAACAAUGCAGAGUCCAAAAACGGUGGAAGAGAUGUAUAGUACAGUCUCUUCUGAAGAUAAUUACUUGAAGACUACCAGAAAUUCUCAGCAUCCACUGAAGAAACCUAAGAAUUCCACUGACGUUCAGUCAAGGAGGUCUAGGAAGAAGAACAGGAAACGUUUACACAAGAAGAAUUUAAAGAAUGAUACUUUAACCGAGAAUGAGAUCCCUAUGAGAACUGAAGCUUUGCUUCUGGUAGAAUCCACACCAUCAGCAACUACUUUGAAUGAAAAUUUAACUAUCUCAACAAGUACAGAACUAAAUUUUCAGAGAACUUCUUCAACUAUUUUAAAGAGUGAACAAUUUAUUGAGCAAGGAAAUAAUAAGAAAUUGGAAAACGAAGUCAGUACCACUGUAGCAAGCACAGAAUCAGCAACUGAAGAAACCAGUGAACUCACUGAUGAUUUCUUAUCAACCUUAACAGAUGACACAAUAUUUUCUGAAGAUCUCGACCAGAAGUUGAAGACUACCUCCAUGACUACAGAAGACACAACACAAUGGAAUGUGGAAGAAGAAACUAAUUUCAGUGACUCUGUAGAGACACCAAAGGUCAACUGGUCUUCUGAAGAUCUCAAUGAAACCUCGACUAUAAUCCCUGAAGAAGAGACAACAAAAUUCAACUUAGAAUUGGAAGAUUCUUCAGAAACCUUAAAAAUCAAACGAUCCUCGAAGGAAGAUUUGGAUAAAUCCUUGCGAACAAUCUUUCCAGAAGAAGUUACAGAGUUAAACUCAGAAGAUCCCUCCACAACUUCAGAAGCAAUUGAAACUAUCAACUAUGGAUCAAAUGAAGUCUCCAAAGAAAGGUCGUCCAGUAGAGAGGACAUUUACGGUUAUAAAGCAAAGAAACGUGGGGACUUUGCUAAUUACUUCCAUAGAUAUUUGUCAGGAAGCGUCACACCAUCGGCCUCAACUUCUUCCACAGCUCUGGGUAGAUACGAGUACAAUAAUUCGUCUGUUAAAGUGGAGAGUGGUCUGUUCGACUCUGGUUCGAACAUUUCCAAGGUUGAUCUCGAUUUGCUGAGCAAAAACAGGCUGUCCAAUGAAGUUCCAUCAAACUCAUCCCUUUCCACAACUCAGGCAUCCAAAGGGAAGGUUGAUCCCUGCACCUUGAAGUGCGUGGAAUUGUACAAGAAAUUGAAAGCGUAUGAAAAAGAAAAAGAGAAGCAGUCGAAUAGUUUUAAUAAUGGAACCCUGAAGAGUGAAGAGAACGUGGAUUCAGGGCUGAUCAGCAUGGAAGAUACGACUCCCUUCGACUUAGCUGACGAAAAUUGUACUGAGCUGAUCUUGGACACUGAACAAUCAACAGAAAUAUUCAGUGAGAUUCCAAAGAUCAUCCACAGCAUCACCAGCAGUACAGAGCCCCAGGAUGUAGUAGAGAUCAUCACUAGUACUGAGAAGAUCGAGAGCCAGGUUGGUAAAAAGAAGCCAAAACACGAUAAAGGGAGGAGGAAGGAUAAGCAUCCCAAAGGUAAAGGUAGAAAAAGGAAGAAUAAACACAAGAAUCGAGUGAACAAGCAAUCUACUUCAAAUGAACAACACAAAACCACAAUUGGGAUUGAUCAGUCUACCUGGAAGAGCUCCACUUUGCCUUACUUCGAUGUGAAACCUACGCUUUUCGAAAUAGGAACCGGUACUUAUCCAAUAAGGGACGUCGCAGAGUUUCAUUCUAAGGAGAGCACGGACCAGGAAGAGAAACACAGCCAGCAGGAAACAACUGCCUCUUGGUGGAGCACCGUCACAACUUUCAUAAACCAACCUGUUACCAAGGAUUCUUCUUCAAAAAAGUGUAAAAAGGGUGAUAAGAAAGCCAGUUGGUGGAACAGUGGUUCUUUGUUUAAUCAGAAUUCAGAGGAAGAUUGCGAGGAAGAUGCUUCAGUAACAAACAAUGAUUUGGAUGAACUUAAAGAAACUACUACAGAAAUCUUUAGAGACCUGUUUACUGGUACAACCAUCCAAUGGCCAGAGACUAUAAUCCCUGAAAGAUUCAGGUGCAACCAGGACCAGUACUUGUGCGACGAUGAAACCUGUAUCUCAGGGAGUCAAGUGUGUAAUGGAAUUAUAGAUUGCAAAGACAGCAGCGAUGAAUCAAAUUGUGGUAGUCAUACAGGUGGAGGCAAUAGAGGUGGGUCUAAUGGAAGCACAGAACAUCCAGUGGAUUGUGGAGAGCUGAGUUUUGCCUGCGAUGGGACUUGCAUCAGCAACAUCUUUCUCUGUGAUAACAUAAGACACUGCGGUGAUGGAUCAGAUGAGGCUGACUGUGGAAGCGAAGAGUGCCCUGACGGUGAGCUGCCCUGCGAGAAUGGUGUCUGCAUCAACAAGAACUUCUUCUGCGACCGCAAUCCCGAUUGCCAUGAUGGCAGCGACGAACGUGACUGCCCGGUUAUCGACGAGACGACCGAUGCAGAUCAUGUUGCAUGCCGCCAAGACGAAUUCGCCUGCCGCCAUGGAAGCUGUAUACCGCAGUCUGCAGUCUGCGACGGACAAAACGACUGUCCCUACCAGGAAGACGAGAUCAAUUGUCCACGAGGUUGUGGCAAGGAUCAAUUCCAAUGUUCCAAUGGAGAUUGCAUCAGAGCUGACCAGAAAUGCAAUGGUUAUAUAGACUGCGUUGAUGGAUCCGAUGAACCUGAAGAAUGUGAACGUCCCGGUUUCCAUCCCAUGCCUGGUCGUUGUCCAGCUGGGUACAUCAUGUGUGUUUCUGACAAAGACUGUGUACCUCAGUCCUCUCUAUGCAAUGGAAUUCCAGAAUGUAGGGACAGGUCGGACGAGGAGAACUGCGAACAACUUAAAGAACCAUCUCGCCUCAAUUUGAAGACAUAUCCUAGUGAGCAAGUGAUCAAAGAGAACCCGGCGAAGCAAGGUCGAGAAGUCGUAUUCCAAUGUCGCGACGAGGGUCCCCUUCGAGCCAGGGUACGUUGGCUUCGCGGUAACAACCUUCCUCUACCACCUGGUAGUCGAGAUCUGAAUGGACGUCUUGAAAUUCCAAACAUCCAACUGGACCAUGGAGGACUGUACAUUUGCGAGGCCGUUGGUUACCCUGCAUCCACAACAGGCCAACAAGUGAACGUUUAUCUGACCGUAGAAAAGUUCGAACCACCAGCAACGAACAAGCCCCAUGCGUGCCAGUACGAUGAAGCCACUUGCAGCAAUGGGGACUGUAUUCCUAAAUCAUAUGUAUGCAACGGUAGACUGGAUUGCACAGAUGGUUCAGAUGAAAUGCGUUGCAGUCCGCAUGGCUGUGAACCCAACGAGUUCCGUUGCAACAACACACAGUGUGUGAGCAAACUAUGGCGAUGCGACGGUGACAAGGAUUGUGCUGAUGGUAGUGACGAGGAAAAUUGUGUUCCAAACAGGCCAGGAUCUCCCUGUCGUGUCACCGAAUACACUUGUGCCAGCAAUGAUCAGUGUAUACCUAAAAGUUAUCAUUGUGACAUGGAGAAGGACUGCAUUGAUGGUAGCGAUGAAAUAGGAUGUUCUCCGGUUUACAUAAUGAAGCCACCUCCACCGAUGAUCACUUUAGAUCUAGGAACAACCCUGGUGAUUGUCUGUACAGCGAUAGGUGUGCCUACCCCUGAAAUAAAUUGGCGCUUGAACUGGGGCCACAUUCCUCCAAAAUGCACCAUGACGUCCAUCAAUGGAACUGGAACUCUAACGUGUCCUGACAUACAGACUGAAGAUCAAGGAGCUUAUUCCUGCGAGGCAUUAAAUACUGCUGGCUUCGUGUUCGCUGUACCUGACGCCAUUGUAAUGGUGAACAAGCCUGACGAUGUUUGCCCCAAGGGGACGUUCAAUUCCGAGGCAAGAACUGUGGAGGAAUGUAUCUCCUGUUUCUGCUUCGGUGUCGCCACCGAGUGUCACAGUGCGAACCUCUUCACGUAUCAAAUCCCUCCGCCUUUUGAUCGUCAUAAAAUCGUAGCUGUUAAACAACAGCCUGACCUUCGAAUCCUCAACGACAUCAGUUAUCAGUUAUCUGUGAAACCGUUGGGCAGAGACGGUUUACAUUUGGACGAAUCAACUCCAUUCUUGAACCAGUUAGCUGCUGAGAAAGAUGUUCCUUACUUUGCCCUGCCUGAGAACUUCCAUGGAAGUCAGCUGAAAUCCUACGGUGGUUACCUGAAGUACAGGGUGCGCUAUAAUGGCACUGGAGUUCCAAAUUCUGCACCAGCGGUCAUGCUAAGCGGGAAUAAUUAUUUGCUGAUACACAAAGGGAAACAAUUGAUACCUAAUUACGAUAACGACGAGUCUGUUAGGUUCUUCGAGGGUGAGUGGUUGAAGAAACAAGGCUGGUCAGAGGUACCUGCUACGAGGGAGGAUAUCAUGAUGACAUUGGCCAACGUAGACAACAUUUUAAUCAAAGUAGAGUAUGAUAAUUCUCCAGACUUGGAUGUCCAACUGACACAUAUUGUAAUGGACACUGCUGAUGUGAGGAACACUGGUCUUGGGUCGGCAUCGUUCGUAGAAGAAUGCCAGUGUCCUUCAGGAUACACUGGUCUGUCGUGCGAGGAAUGUGCUCCAGGAUAUCUGAGACGAAAAACUGGCCUAUGGCUUGGUCAGUGUUAUAGAGACGAACCGAUUGAUUGUCCUCCAGGAUACUAUGGCGAUCCCUCGAGGAACAUACCUUGCAAAGCUUGCCCCUGCCCACUUACCAAUCCAUCUAAUCAAUUUGCACGCACCUGUCAUCUUGGAUCCGAUGGCCAACCAACCUGCAAUUGUCCUCCGGGAUACAUUGGUCGUAGGUGCGAACAGUGCGACGUUGGGUAUCAAGGAAACCCUCUUAUUCCUGGAGACAUGUGUGUAGCAAGGCAACAGUGUGACCCAGAGGGCAGUAUCAGUUCAGUUGUGGAUCCUCUUACUGGAAAAUGCCGGUGCAAGCAAUACGCUACGGGUAUCACUUGCAACCAAUGUAAGGCGAAUACGUUCAAAAAUCAAUUCGGUUGCACUAGUUGCUUCUGCAUGGGCAUCACCAACAAAUGUGUCUCGUCCAAUUGGUACAGGAAUGACGUUCGAGUUUCCUUCACCAAUUCUAUCAGAGAUUUCUCCCUCAUCGAAUCAAGAACACCAAAUCCACCACCCAUAGUUGAUGGCAUCCGUUUGAACACAGUAACGCGUGAGAUCAUUUACAGUGAUUUCCCUAAUCGUGGAAACAACGACGUCUACUAUUGGCAGUUGCCUAGUAUCUUCUUGGGUGAUCAGGUCACGUCUUACGGUGGAAAUCUCAAGUACACUGUUAGAUACGUUCCAGCACCAGGUGGUCAGAGUUCAAAGAACAAUGCUGCUGACGUUGAAUUGAUCAGCGCCAAUGAUAUCAAUUUGUUGUACUUCUCCCGGGAAUCUCCUGAACCGAACACGCCGCAAACAUUCACUGUCCCUCUUCUGGAACAAUACUGGCAACGUAACGAUGGCACGCAAGCUGACAGGGAACAUUUAUUAAUGGCACUGGCUGAUGUUAGUGCCAUUAGAAUCAAAGCUACGUACACUACUCAUACCGACGAGGCUGCGUUGUCUCUGGUAUCUUUGGACAUUGCUGAAAAAUACAACACAGGAAGAGCUCGUGCAGUUGAAGUAGAAGAAUGUUCCUGUCCUAUUGGCUACAAAGGAUUAUCUUGCGAAGACUGUGACGUUGGAUACACCAGAGCCAGCGAAGGUCUAUACCUAGGCAUCUGCGAACAGUGCAACUGCAAUGGACACUCGGCUCAAUGCAAUCCUGACACUGGAAUAUGCGAGAAUUGCGCAGAUCACACCACCGGAGACUUCUGCGAGGUUUGCGAGCCAGGAUACGAAGGGGAUGCAACUCGAGGAACGCCACAUGAUUGCGUCUACAAAGACUCGACUCCGUGUCGCUGCAACGAGGCUGGCUCUCGUAGCAGCUCGUGUAUCGGCGACAGAUGCGAUUGUAAACGAAACGUCGAAGGACCUCAGUGCAACCGUUGUCGUCCAUCCACCUUUGGACUGUCCUCGUACAACCCUGAUGGGUGCACCGAAUGUUACUGCAGCGGUGUGACUAAUCAGUGUCACGAGAGUUCAUUGUACGUUCAACAGAUACCAGUCUGGGUCUACGACAAUCAGCAUGGGUUCACCCUCACUGACUCAACUAGACAGGAGAUAAUCGAUGAUGGUUUUGAGCUGAAUUUCGCCAUGAAUGAGAUUGGCUACCGUUACCCGGAUAGUCGGGGACGCAGGUUGUUCUGGUCUCUGCCAGCAAUAUUCACUGGCAACAAGGUUAAAAGUUACGGGGGGAAUCUCACUUUAACCCAGCAUAUCACUGCGCAUCCCGGAGCUCAGAGUUACAAAGAUCAGGAUAUCAUUUUAAUUGGAAAUGGGAUUACUUUGUUCUGGACGAACCCUGUGGAUAUUCAGCCUGACAUACCAUUGACCUACUCGGUGCCACUUAGAGAAUCAGAAUGGAGACGUUUAACCACCGAAGGGCCACGCGUUGCUUCCCGCAUUGACCUAAUGACUGUACUGUCCAACCUUGAGGCUAUUCUGGUCCGUGCAACGCACAGCGAAAGGAUGACAGCCACUUACAUCAGUGAUAUAAGCCUGGACACAGCGGUGGAGCAUCAGACUGGUAACAGAAGAGCAGUUCAAGUGGAAGUUUGUCGGUGUCCAACUGGCCACGUUGGUACAUCCUGUGAAUCCUGUGCUAGAGGAUACUACAGAGACCCUAACGAUCGUUCUGCCAGCUACUUGGGCUCCUGCAAUCCAUGCCCCUGCAACAAUAACGAGGAGAGCUGCGAAAUCACGAGAAGUGGACAAGUGAAAUGUCACUGUUUGCCAGGAUACACCGGCCAAUACUGUCUGAGCACUGGUGAAUUGAUGGUUAGUAUAAAGCCGAUGAAGGGUGAAGUUAUGGCAAACUCGUGGAUUCUAUUCACAUGCAGUUACGAGUUCCCGGAACCUUUGUAUAUCUCUUUUAAACUAACACCAUUCGGUGGAAUGCCUUUAACUGCGACCGGUGUUACACCCGGCCCGAUUAUGAUAACCGAGAAAGGGGCACAGCGAACCUGGUACGUUUACGUGCAGCUAGAACCUUGCAAUGUGGAGUGCCAUAUCCAGGACCGUGAUGGCAAAGAGUUAAUCAAGGUGGUGACAUCGGUUACACCAGAAACUAAUGUAACAACCACUACACCGUAUCCUCACCAUAUACCUCCACCGAGGAUACUGGUUUACAUCAAAGGACCAGAAUUCCAAAUCGUUGAAACUGGAAGCACCGUUCGAUACCAUUGUGCUGGCAAAUCUUUAGACAAUGGAUCGUUGCAUAUCAAAUGGGAAAAAGAAGGUGGCCAGUUACCUCCUGGAAGAACUGUGGACGACAGUCAGGGCUUAUUGGUCAUUCGUGAUGUGAAAGUAUCCGAUAGCGGUGUAUAUGUCUGCCAAGUUAGCGAUGGUGUGCAUAUUGGAUACAAGAAUGUUACCCUCACCGUUGGAGGUUCAAACCCAGUUGCACCAAGAGCCGUUGUCAUGCCAACAUCCUUAGAAGUAAUGGAAGGACAACCUGCAGAAUUCCGUUGCAUGGCCACUGGACACCCACAGCCUCAGAUCGAGUGGAUACGCAUCCAUGGACCUACGAGCCCAGAGGUGGUCACACAUAAUGGAGCUUGGUCUCUACGGGCAGCCUCAAAGAACGACGCAGCUGAGUACAAGUGUAUUGCCAGGAACAACGUUGGCGUAGACGAGCAGACUGUUAUUCUUUAUGUCACCGAUAAUCCUUCCAUGCCACCGACAACUGGUAUACUCCCUACCAUCACUCCAUCUCAAUGGUACGGAACCGAGGGAGACGCAGUCCUGUUAACCUGCUCCCAAACAUCACCAGAACUCGCGAGCCUCGUCUGGCUUCGUCAAGGAAACUUACCCUUCUCUUCAACAACUACUCAACGCGAUGGUGUAUUAACAAUCAUGAACUCAACUCAAUACGACUCCGGCGUUUACAUAUGCUUAGCCACUACCUACGUUGGUACGCACAUCAACAACACAGCUGAGAUAACAGUGGUGCCACGAAGAUCUCCACCUUCCAUCAAAGUGAGACCCGAGAAACAGACUGUUCCUCAAGGCAGCGUAGCUGAGGUACACUGUGUCACCAGCGGGGAGCCAGGUCUGCAGGUGAAAUGGAGCAAGUAUCAUCACGAACGACUGAGCUCUAACGUUCAACAAGUCGGUGACACCUUGAGGAUCGUUAAUAUUCAGAUCCCAGACCGUGGAGUGUACGUGUGCCACGUGACAGGACCAUCUGGUAGCCACGAAUCGAGCGCCGUGAUCGAAGUUGAACCCCGGGAAGCUCCUCGCGUGGAGAUCUACCCAAGGGAGGUGCCCCCCGUUAUACUAGGCGGUUCUACCGAUUUGCAAUGUCGAGCUGUGGCCGGGAUUCCCAUGCCAGAAUUACACUGGUCCCAUCAGAACGGCAGACCGUUCCCGUCCAACAUCAAACAGCUUCCUGGCGGUGUUCUCCGGCUGUCGAACAUCACAGCGAACGACGGCGGUGCCUACGUUUGCUCGGCAGUGAAUCCCGUUGGUUCGAACACGGCGGUGGUCUACAUAGAGGUUCAAUCUGUCCCUGUUAUCAUGAUUUCGCCCAGGUCUGGAAUUCUUCAAGUGAAACGAGGGGACAGAGUGAAACUGGUUUGCAGGUCGUCGGGUUAUCCGCAGCCUAGAGUCGCGUGGAGCAAACACCAGAAUCGAAUAGACUUUAGGACUCAGAUCUAUUUCCUAUCAGAAGCUGCGACACCUUUGGAGGCUGUAUAUGAAAUAAACUCUGCCUCCCCCGAUGACGAAGGCUCGUACACUUGUCACGCUAACAAUGCCGCAGGAAUGGUUGAAGAACGCGUUUACAUACGCGUGGAAGACAACGAGGUUUAUCCUCCGGAGGAGGAGUAUCCUGGUCCCGAUAAAUCUGAAAAUCCAGACGACCAGAAGAUCACGGUACCAAAGGAUUACUUCAAGAUUCCCAGCGGUGGCAAAGUGGAGAUGCGUUGUUACGUUCGCUCGUCCGAUGGAAACCAUAUCUAUCUAGACUGGAAGAGAACCGACCAUAGACCUCUGCCAGAAGGUAGCACGGUUCACAAUGGAAUACUGAACAUUCCAGUCGCUGACAAAAGCGCUGCUGGAGAAUACGUUUGUCUGGGCAUGGAUCAGGCUCGCAAUGUUCUGUUCAGGGCCAAGUCUCAUCUUGAAGUACUCUCACCACCUAGAAUAGUGUUGAAUCCACCCCGCCAGACGGUCCGUGCCGGUGAAAAUCCUUCCAUAGAUUGCAGCACAACAGGGGACGAACCGAUGACCAUCCAAUGGGCUGCCAUAGGACGUAACCUUCCUUCUUCGGUCACCCAGGACCGUGGAGUCUUACAGUUCCAUGGAAUUACUUAUUCCGAUGCUGGGAAGUAUGUCUGUACAGCUACAAACGAUGCAGGAACUGCUGAAGCUGUGGCUGAGGUUCUGGUGAAUGAACAUCCUUUCGAUGAAAGUAGUGUUGUUCAUGCAGCGCAAAGAGAUGUGGUGACUUAUGCUGGUCAGCCUGUACGUCUACGGUGCACAGUUAACGUAAGAGCAACCAUACAUUGGAGCAGAGAUGGUCAACCAUUGCCUUCGACUGCCAGGAUAGAAGAGGAUUAUUUGGAACUGCCUCGAGCCAGACCAGAGGACAGUGGAAGAUACAUUUGUCAGAUUCAAACUGUACAUGGAGUCUCUAGCGAUUAUAUAAACUUGAAUGUCUCACUAGUUAAUUUGCACACGGAAUGCUCGCGAGCGAACCGAACCCAGUGCAGCGAAAGCAAGUGCAUAUGCAACGUUCAAGGAUGCUUUCUGUUGGAUUACCUUUGCAACGUCUAUAUUCGCUACUACAACGAUAUCGGUGACAACUACUACAACACCCCGCAAAACCGUCACUAUCUUCAACAACGACGUGCCACCGUCACGCCUGCGGUUAGCGUGGAAGCCUCCCAGAACCCAGUGAACAUCGGAGACACCGUGAACAUUCGUUGCGCCUGCUCUGGAACGCACAACCCUCGUUACCAUUGGAUCAGACCGAAUCAUCCUAGUUUACCAGAAAAUGCCCAGGAAUAUGGAAACGUUCUUAGAUUAACCAACGUCGCUGUUAGUGACAGUGGAGUUUACAGGUGCAUCGCGGACACCCCUGAAGGAGUUUUUGACCACGAUUUCAACCUUGUCGUCCAUGAUGGAAAUAAUGAUGCACCAGCUAUCGAGACCAAGUAUGCACCUUAUGGAUCCAGCCUGGAAAUGGAUUGUAAACCCAACUUGAAUCCACCGCUGAAAUUCCACUGGAGUAAACUUGGAGGACUCCUCCCACGCGAUGCACAAAUUUUUGAGAAUAAAUUGAAAUUAAUCAAUGUGAAAGCAGAGGAUGCAGGAACGUACGUUUGCACUGCGACCAAUAAUCUCGAGAACAUUGAAAUACCCACAGUACUUGUUGUAACUGGUGUGGUCCCAUACUUCAGCCAAGCUCCUGAGAGUUUCAUUGCCUUACCACCUCUGCCUGAUUCCUACUUAAAAUUCAACAUCGAAAUAUCGUUUAAGCCUGAGAGCUAUGACGGUAUCAUUUUGUACAACGACGAGUCGAAUCGUGGAAAUGGUGACUUCAUCUUGUUGUCCUUGGUCGGAGGGUACCCAGUGUUCAGCUUUGAUCUUGGCUCUGGACCGACUAUCAUCCGCUCAGAGAAGUCCGUCACGUUAAGCGAAUGGCACACGAUCAAACUCCAACGUAAUCGCAAAGAAGGAACUAUGUUAGUCGACGGCGAAGGUCCUUACAAGGGUGUUGCAGCUGGCAGAAAGCAAGGCUUGGAUCUGAAAGCGCUAUUGUUCGUCGGCGGCGUUCCCAGUGAUAAUACUGUCAACAAAUACGCAGAGAUCACUAGCGGUUUCGUUGGAUGCAUCAGUAGACUGGUGAUAGGAGAGAAGGAGAUCGACCUGAUCGAUGAUCAAACGAACAGCGUUGGAAUUACAAAUUGCGAGACCUGCGCUGAAAAUCCAUGCAACAAUGCUGGUGUAUGCCAGGAGGCUGCUACCAAGAAUGGAUACACGUGUUUGUGCCGCGCUGGUUACAGUGGAAAACACUGUGACUACGUUGGCCAAUCGUGUUAUCCAGGUGCUUGCGGAGAAGGUACGUGUGUAGAUAAAGAAACGGGUUUCGAAUGUUAUUGCCCCCAUGGAAAAACUGGAUCUCGAUGCGAACAUUCACUGACGAUUUACGAGCCAGCUUUUCACGACGACAAGUCUUUCAUCGCGCAUGAAACGCCCAAAGCUCUUAGGCGGACGAGAAUGAAUCCAAGCUAUACACACAAUAGAUUACGAGCACGCAACGCACAAGUUAGAAAGGCACGGUCGAGGCCUCAUGACCAUAAUAAGAUGCACCACACAAAACAUUAGUCCCUUCACCACCAAAUUUCUAUGCACAUAAAUAGAAACAAGUCAUUUAUGUAUUGUUCGAUCGAUGUGUAAUAGUCGUAGGAACAAAUCAAUUUUUUGUGUAACUGCUAUUUAUAGUUGUCAGUCAACAUAUAUGUUAUAUAUAUAUAUUAUUUUUUUUUUAUAAGAAUUUUAUUUACUAUUAGAUGUUUUCAUUUCUGCCUCAUACGUGUAAUAGAUUACGUUGGAUGCAUAGGCCAUCGCAGAGCCUGUAGAGUGAGUAGUUCCUUGGAAUGAACCUCAUGGUGCUGUAAUAUUAGAUUAUCAAUAGCUAUUAUAUCACAACCCUUUGCAGUCAAAAAAUGAAAUAAUAAUAUGAAAAAUUCCUUUCCGGACUCCAUGGUGUUCGAGGAAGGACUUCUGCUCGCAGAGCUCUUUUUUGUAACAUUUUCACUUGAAUGCUUCCAAGAUUGCAAAGGGUUUCUUUGUACAGCUUUUCUUGAAUAAUACAUUUAACGCAUUGUGUUAGUCAUUUUAAUUAUUGUAUCAACACACCGUACACGUACACACACGCGCAACGGCACGUGUAAAAUGUUUGUACUUAUUUUCUAAGAACCUGUGUGUGUAUGUGCCGAGGAGGUGUAUUUUUAGGACCAGAAUGACCAUUUAUAUGUAUUCGACGGGCUUCGAGCAAUGCUAUAAGUAUAAAUAUAUGUCUUGAGAUGCAAAUAAAAUUGAUUUAACAAGAA